GUAUAAUACUCAUAACAAAAGUGGUAUAUUGGACGCUUAGAUAUAACUUUAUUUAUUUGCUUAUCAAACGUUUGACUAGAUAAAGGGGCAAAAAGUUUAAACUUACAUAAAUUUGUUACAUGAUAGAGUGAUAGAAAAAAAUCGCGACAAGAAGGCGUGAACAUAUCUAUUUUUUUAAAAAAUUAUCUUCAGUUGUUCGGUAAAUAUCGAGGACGCGUGACCUUACUUCUGAUCUACUACACGGCUUCAUGUUGCGAUGAUCGUCCAAGUUUUCACAGGAAUUGCAGUUGUGUAUUUGUUUUCUCUUCUGGUUAAAUUUGGACGACGGUACAGCAAAUGGCUUCAUCUGACCUCCAAAAUUACCCCCAUGGGGAAGAUCCAUCCAUUUUGGGGACACUUGAACUUGUUUGAGAACAUGCAAGGCUACUUUAGAACCGUGCGAGAUACACAAGAGAGGACCAGAAUGAAGAUCUACCAUGGGUGGACCAUGUUCUUCUAUCCCGCUUUCGGUGUUUGUCACCCAGAAUCAGCGAAGGUUCUCCUUAAAUCCUCAGAACCCAAACCCAGGCACACCAUCGGCGGAUCUUACAGGCUCCUGUUGCCGUGGCUAGGCGAUGGCUUGCUGUUGUCUGGAGGUCGGAAGUGGGAAAGAAAUCGUCGUCUGCUGACGCCUGCCUUCCAUUUUGACAUACUCAGACCGUAUGUCCAGAUCUACAAUGACGUCGCUUCCGUUUUCUUGGAAAAAUUCCAGAACGCCUGCGACUCAAAACAAAGCAUAGAAAUUUACAGUUUGGUGUCACUGGCGACUCUAGACACCAUGUUACGGUGCUCUCUGUCAUACCACGGACGUGUGCAGGAAAUGGGAGAGAGUCAUCCUUAUGUAGACGCAGUCCAUAAGUUAGUUAAGCUUGCCAUUAAACGCAUGAUAUCACCAUGGUUGUACCCCGACUUCAUUUAUGGUUUAACACCUAGUGGAAGAGAGAACAAAAAAUUGACCAACUAUGUCCACCAAUUUGCAGAUAAAAUCAUUCAAUCCAGACGCGAAGCACUGAAAACCGAUCCAGAUUUAACAAAAAAGCUUCGUAGAGAUUUCCUUGAUAUUCUUAUCACAGCCAGAGACGAAAGUGGCAAAGGUCUCACUGCAGAGGAAAUCCGGGCUGAGGUCGAUACGUUUCUUUUUGAAGGACACGAUACAACAGCAUCAGGCAUUAGCUGGGCAAUUUACUCCUUGGCUAAAUACUCAGAAAUACAAGAAAAGGUUCACCAGGAACUCGUGGAAGUCUUGGGGGAACGUCAACAACUACAAUGGGAAGAUUUAAAUGAACUGAAGUACAUGUCGAUGUUCCUACGGGAGGUGAUGAGGAUGCACUCCCCUGUACCAGGAAUAGCUAGACACCUUACAAAGCCGGUAGUAAUUGAAGGAGUGGAAAUCCCAGCUAACUUUGACAUAGAUAUCCCCAUACACGCAGUUAAUCAUCACCCAGACGUCUGGCCUGAUCACAUGGAAUUCAAGCCCGAAAGAUUUGAAGAUGAGGCUAAAUUGUCACGUGAUCCUUUCAGUUAUUUUCCAUUUUCGGCAGGUCCAAGGAACUGCAUUGGACAAAACUUCGCAAUGAAUGAACAGAAGGUUAUGAUUGGGUCGUUACUGAAGAGAUUCAAAGUGAGUUUAGUAGAAGGUCACGUAUAUGAAGAAUUCCCGGAUGUGGUGAUGCGACCUAGGUAUGGCAUCAAGAUUAAUGUAGAAGAGAGGAAGUAGUCGACAGCUGUGGAUCUGUAAAUGAUGGAAGCAUAAUCUUUAUACGUCAUUCGGGUCAAAUGCACCGAAAAUAGAUUUAAUGAUGUAUGUUUGUAGAAUAAUCCAAAAGGGGAAAUCAUCCUGUUUGUGUAAUUUUAAUUCCUCGUGUCUGUCUUGUUGACUCGUUAAAAAUGACCGAAAUCAAUAAGAAUGAACAGAUUUACCUCUCACUUCUGUGACGUCAUCAGAGACAACGCUUGGGAAAGUAAUAAUGCCGAUGUCAUUUUUUAAGUAAAACGUCAUUUGAAAUGUUGGUGAUAUACCAGAGAUUUACCUUUUAAUUUUAACUGGACGCUUCAUGAAAGCAAUUCUUCAUCUUGUUCGUCCUAAGGUGAGAAUGAAACACAACUGACUAGGAUCUUCACAGUCCGCUGUGAUAGUAGAUAAUUGCUAUUUUCCUCAGACAAUCAAUAUGACGUAAAAUAUGUCAAUAUAUAUUUGUCAGUCACGAACGGUAUAGUAUUUUUGUAGUGUGUGUUUUUUUUUAAUUCGAUACGAUAGCUUAAUUUAUAAAAAUUUCUUUUCAUCA